CGUUACAGUUGGCUCCUGAAAGCUGCUACAGACAUUUAGAAGACGCAAAAUGCGGGACGCCGCUGUCCUCACGUCGUGUGUAGCUGUGUGUCUCCUCCUGGGCUUCAGCCAGGCUGCCAGACAAGGACAGGACAUCAGGUGUGGAGCCUGCAGGGCUCUGGUGGAUGAGAUGGACUGGGCCAUCUCCCAGGUAGAUCCCAAGAAAAUGAUCCAGACUGGCUCCUUCAGGAUCAACCCCGACGGGACUCAAUCCAUCAGAGAGGUUCCUCUGGCUCGCUCUGAGGGGAACCUCCUUGAGCUGAUGGAGAGUGUGUGUGAGAGGAUGCAGGACUACGGGGAGCGCACGGACCCUUCCACGAGCAGGAAGUCCUACAUCAGGGUCAAGUCUCGGAGCGGUGAGGCCAUGGACCUUUCUGAGGCCGCGCUGGAUUCCAGAGUCACUUCCAGUUUAAAGUUUGCAUGUGAAACGAUCGUUGAGCAGCAUGAAGAUGAAAUUAUUGAAUUCUUCGCCCACGAAACAGAAAAUGUCAAAGACAGACUCUGCAGUAAAAGGACAGAUCUCUGUGACCACGCUCUGACCAUGCCCCAUGAUGAACUUUGA